AUGGCGCAACACAUCCAUGAGCACAUCCAGCUGCAGCAUGGCACCCCGGACGUUAAUGACUUUGCCGAGUAUAACCGCGAGAAUCUCGUGGCCUGGGACGAGAUGGCCGGCGAAUGGGAGACCAACCAGGUCACCGUCACACAGCCUACCUCUGCCAGCGUCAAUGGCCAGAAUAUCACCACCAGCGACAAUGGCCAGAAUGUCACCGCCAGCGACAGUGGCCAGAUUGCCACCGCCAUCACCAGGUCCAGCAGCGGCAUCCAAGACGACGACGGCAACGACAUGUUCACCCAGUGUCUCCUCCCGCGAGUCGAAGAAUUGGCCGAGUGGAAAGCCGGCGAGACGGUCUUAGACUUGGGCGCCGGAAAUGGUAUCCUCGGCCGUAUGUUCGCGCGAAAAGGCGCCCAUGUCACGGGACUCGACUUCUCCGAGAAGAUGAUGGCCCGAGGUCACGAACGCGAUGUCCGAGAAAACCUCGACCACCGCAUUACCUACGAUCGAAUCGACCUCAUGGACUUUGACCAGAUGGCAAACUACAUGCAAGGCAAAGAGUGCGUCGCGGGACAUCCCUCGUUGAAUUCAGCAUACUGAUGAUGGAUCAGGAAAUUCGACAUCGUCACAUGCAGUACGACAUUGAAAUCGUUGCCAAGUCUCCAACCCAUUGCGCGCGCUCUUCCACUCAUGUUGAAGCCCAAUGGACGGUAAGAGUCAUCUUGAAGCAUCGCGCAUCGCAUCGCAUCCACUCAUACUAUCCUAGCAUUGUCAUUGUAGAUCUACAUCCCGCAUUCUCCAAACCCGCCGGCCAUCGAGGCAUGGAGCUCUACGAAGACGGCAACACCGGACAGCAGAUCCUGAGCACCUAUAUCAAAGUCCCCAAAUACCUCAACAUCAAGCCCUCCAAGAGCGAGGCGGUGCGAGGACAGCCAAAGCCACUGGUAACUUCACCCUCCCUCUAAGCGUCGCACGAGCUCAUGACUGACAAGAGAGGUAGUGGGUAUUCCACCGCCCCUUCUGGUCACUCAUGCAACCCUUCUUCGACAACAAGCUGGUUCUCGAUGCCAUGCGAGAGCCCGCUUUCCAAGGCCAGCCUGUCCUCCAGCAAGCGCAGAGCUACCAUAACUUCCAGCAAACCCCAAUGCUCCUGGCCUUCCGCCUACGACAUGCAGACCGAACAUGA